AUGGAGGCAGAUCUUGCCUUGCCUGCUCUCAAUCAGACUUCACUGCUCUCUGGGCCUGGGCCCUUUGUCCUGCUGGGGGUGCCAGGCUUGAAGGCCCUACAUCCUUGGCUUUCUGUGCCUGUGUGCCUGCUCUAUGUGGUGGCUUUGAUAGGGAAUUCCCUUCUACUCGGGCUGAUUGCAGCUGACAAAGCACUUCGAUCUCCCAUGUACCAGUUUCUGGGGCUAUUGGCAGUGGCUGACUUGAUUCUGGCCACAUCCACUGUGCCCAAAGCUCUGGCUGUGCUGUGGGACUUGUCCCAUGAGAUCUCCUUUGGGGCUUGUCUAGCCCAGCUGUUUGUUGCCCACGUGGCCUUCAUUGCUGAAUCCUCGGUGCUGCUGGCCAUGGCUGUGGACCGCUAUGUGGCCAUCUGCCAGCCUCUGCGCUAUGGCGCCUUGCUGACCCAGCGCGUGGUGGCCGUGGUGGCUGCGGCCGCGGUGACUCGAGGGGCCUGCGUCAUGGCACCCCCGGUGGUGCUGCUCCAGAGACUGCCUUACUGUGGGCAGAGGGCCUUGCCGCACACCUAUUGUGAGCACAUGGGUGUGGCUCGCCUGGCCUGUGGGGACACGCGCCCCAACAUCUGGUAUGGCCUCGCCACCACGCUGCUGUCCCCAGCCCUGGACCUGGUGCUCAUAGGCGCUUCCUAUGUCCUCAUCCUCCGCGCUGUCUGCCGCCUGCCAUCGCACGGGGCCCGCUACAAGGCCCUGGGUACCUGCGGGGCUCACGCCGCUGUCAUUGUCCUCUUCUACACACCUGCGCUCUUCUCCUUCCUGGCGCAUCGUUUCGGCCGCCACACGGUACCCGGUCACAUCCACAUCCUCUUGGCAAACCUCUACGUGGUGGUGCCCCCGGCCCUCAAUCCCGUGGUCUAUGGAGUGCGGACCCAGCAGAUCGCUCAGAGGCUUCGGCACUUGCUUGGGCUCCUCUGGGCAGGGGCGGUGAGGAAGGUGGGCCCCCAGUGUGCCUGCUCACCCAAGUGA